AUGGGUUUCUCCUCCUAUAAUCACUUUAGCCUCACCACAGCCACCUAUUCAGAUUUACGCCCGGAGCUCACCAUGCUAUCCCAGAUCUCAGAUCUGGAACUUGUUCCCCGGGCUGACUCGGUCUUGGAUGUCGAAGCAACUUCAACCUUCCCAGGCCCCCGGUUGCUUGCUGUGACGUCUCCUCUCCCAUUGACAACAACAUUCACACCGGCAAGUGAGUGCCUCAACGAUCUCUGGCUAUUUGAGUCUGUGUAUACCGUUCAAGACUCCAAGAGCUACUCAACUCGCUGGGCCAAUCUAGGCCCUGAAGACACCAAACGAUGCCUGCCACCUGGCUGGGAGCCAUCGACCUUUUAUUCUCCUGGACUUGUUUGUCCCACUGGAUGGGCGAUGGCCCCUGGAAGUACUAUCAAUGACAAUGGUGAGACUACUGCGACCUGCUGCCCCGUUUACCAACCAAGCAGUUUGACAUUCACUCAACGAUCGUUGACAAGUGGUCCGGCCAGACCGUGGCAUAGUACCGAAGCGUGCGCGUUCGGUGCGCCCACCGAUAUACCCUACACCUACACGGCCACACCAGGACAUGGCAGUAAAACCACAAUCUAUGCCACCGCGACUGCUAGAAAAGAUGGUUGGAAUGCGUAUGGAAUCGAGCUUCGUUGGAAAGCCACCGACUUAACUUCUAUCUCAUCCAUAUAUGUUCCAAGUAUAACAUCAUCUGCGACCCCACAAACAACAACCCAACAGCAACCAGAGGAAUCAUCUACAUUGUCUACAGGUGCCAAGGCAGGCAUUGGCAUCGGAGCUGCACUUGGCAGCAUACUAGUCAUUCUUGCGAUCGGGUUCCUGAUCAUCCGUCGACGAAAGUCCAAGGUCAAAGAUACGAGUGAGGCGAUUGAUAAUGGGCAGCACGAAUUGCAUGGACCUAGGGAUCAAAAGCAUGAAUUGGGCUCAAAUUCUGUCGCGAGAACGAAUGAUCCCCACGCUUCAUUCGCGUCACCACCAGCACCGGUUGAGUUGGAGAGUCGCAUCCCGGGCUGA